GCUCUGGGAGGAGGGGUGGGGAGGAGGUUGGUGGCGGCUCCUCUCUCGCUCGCCCUCACUGCCGGCCAUCCCAGCUCCAGGCACCAUGUUCCGCGCGGGGCCCCCCAGCCACACCCUCCUGCGGCCCCUACUGCUGCAGAUGUCCUUGCUGCUAGUGCUCGCUGUGGGCCGGGGGCUGGGCCGCGCCAGCCCGGCCGGGGGCCCCCUGGAAGACGUGGUCAUCGAGAGGUACCACAUCCCCAGGGCCUGUCCCCGGGAAGUGCAGAUGGGGGAUUUUGUGCGCUAUCACUACAACGGCACUUUCCAAGAUGGCAAGAAGUUUGACUCGAGCUAUGACCGCAGCACUUUGGUGGCCAUCGUGGUGGGUGUGGGGCGUCUCAUCACCGGCAUGGACCGAGGCCUCAUGGGCAUGUGUGUCAACGAGAGGAGACGCCUCAUUGUGCCUCCCCACCUGGGCUAUGGCAGCAUCGGUGUGGCGGGGCUCAUUCCCCCGGACGCCACCCUCUACUUCGACGUGGUCCUGCUGGAUGUGUGGAACAAGGCAGACACUGUGCAGGUGAGCACCCUGCUGCGCCCACCCCACUGCCCCCGCAUGGUCCAGGACAGUGACUUUGUCCGCUACCACUACAAUGGCACACUGCUAGAUGGCACCGCCUUCGACACCAGCUAUAGUAGGGGCGGCACUUAUGACACCUACGUCGGCUCUGGCUGGCUGAUCAAGGGCAUGGACCAGGGGCUGCUGGGCAUGUGUCCUGGGGAGAGAAGGAAGAUCGUCAUCCCUCCAUUCCUGGCCUAUGGCGAGAAAGGCUAUGGGACUGUGAUCCCCCCGCAGGCCUCCCUGGUCUUCCACGUCCUACUAAUCGACGUCCACAACCCGAAGGACACUGUCCAGCUGGAGACGCUGGAGCUACCACCUGGCUGUGUCCGGAGAGCCAUGGCCGGGGACUUCAUGCGUUACCACUACAACGGCUCGCUGAUGGAUGGCACCCUCUUCGAUUCCAGCUACUCCCGCAACCACACAUACAAUACCUACGUGGGACAGGGUUACAUCAUCCCCGGGAUGGACCAGGGGCUGCAGGGCACCUGCAUGGGGGAGCGCCGGAGGAUCACCAUCCCCCCCCACCUCGCCUAUGGGGAGAACGGGACUGGAGACAAGAUCCCCGGCUCAGCGGUGCUGAUAUUUGACGUCCACAUCAUCGACUUCCACAACCCUGCAGAUCCAGUGGAAAUCAAGACACUGUCUCAGCCCCCUGAGGCCUGCAACGAGACUGCCAAACCUGGGGACUUUGUUCGAUACCACUACAACUGCUCCCUGCUGGAUGGCACCAAGCUCUUCUCCUCGCAUGACUAUGGGGCUCCCCAGGAGGCAACUCUGGGGGCCAACAAAGUGAUCGAAGGCCUGGACACGGGCCUGCAGGGCAUGUGUGUGGGAGAGAGGCGGCAGCUCGUGGUCCCCCCGCACCUGGCACACGGGGAGAGUGGAGCCCGGGGGGUUCCUGGCAGUGCUGUGCUGCUGUUUGAGGUGGAGCUGGUAUCCCGGGAGGAGGGGCUGCCCGAAGGCUACCUGUUUGUGUGGCACGAGGACCCUCCUGCCAACCUGUUUGAAGACCUGGACCUCAACAAAGAUGGCGAGGUGCCUCCCGAGGAGUUCGCCACCUUCAUCAAGGCUCAAGUGAGUGAGGGGAAAGGACGCCUCAUGCCAGGGCAGGACUCAGAGAAAACCAUAGGGGACAUGUUCCAGAACCAGGACCGCAACCAGGAUGGCAAGAUCACCAUGGAGGAGCUCAAGCUGAAGUCUGACGAGGACCAGGAGCGGGUUCACGAGGAGCUCUGAGAGCCGAUCUUGGGCCCGGGCCCAACACAGAUGCCCGCUUCUGGGGGCCAGUGGGCAGUGGGGUUGACUUCCAACAGUCGCUGUCCCCUCUGCUGGGAUGAGGUCUGAGAGCAUCUAAAAGUGGUCAGCUGUCUUCCCAUUAGCCGGAGAGUAAAAUCCACAGCACAGACCUCUACUCGGGUUUUCUCUUCCAAACCCUCACCACUUAGAAAUUUUGGAGCUACAAAGCCAAUCUGGGGAUCGGUGGAGUGUGGGGUUGGAUGUGGCCAUUGCUGGCCCUUCACCCACACCUCCAGUCCCCACCGAGCAUGGCCAAGCUCAUCAUUUCUUCAUUUCCCCACACUUCCCUCUAUUUGUCCUUUUCCUCGCCAUCACCAGUCCUGCCCCCCUUCCUGUCAUGGCAGCUCCCCCAGGAGCAUGAGCCGGGGCCGGCGGAACCCCCGUCUUCCUCCCACAGCCUUGGCUGGCUCCAAAGGAAGGGGGCAGCUCCAGGAGAGCAGCCCUAGCACCUACACCGUCCCCACGUACCUGUCCGGCCCCCACUGCGGGGGUACCCCCAGAGAGCUCAGGUCAGGGUCAGGGUUAGGGAGAAAAGGAAAGGGCGGGUGAGACCUGCUUCCAUGGGACGUAGGCUACGAAGUGACCUGGAGGUAAACCUGGAAGGGCUCCCUGGGGAGGGGAUCGGGCAGAGCC